AUGUCAUCAGUAACUAUUACCACAUUAGACGGAAAUAAGUUUACUAUUGAUACAUCCAAAGAGCCAACAUACAAAGAAAUAAAAGAUAUAUUAAAAGAUCAUGAUAAAUUUAAAGAUCAGACAUUUACAAUAUAUUUUGAUGAAAAAGAGUUAGAAGACGCCGAUAUAGUUCAUCCAGACGAUAUAACAGAUGAAAAACCUCUCAUUAUUGUUCUUGAUUCCCAGAUAUCAGAAAAAACAUUUUGCAAAGAAAAUACAUUCGAUAAUUUUGAAAAUCUUUUUGAGAGAUACUCAUAUGCUACAAUUAGUUACGGUAGAAGUUUGGAAUGGCAAGAAAUGAAAGCAAGAAAAGCUGAAAUCACAUGCAAAUCAGAAUUACCAGAAUUUGGUCAACCAUAUUAUGAUGAAUUCGUGAAAUUUAAAGAUAUUGUCGAUGAAGAAGAACAAAUACCAGAAACAAAUCCAGAUAUUCUUCUGAAAUUACCAAGAAUUGCUAUAGAUUCUCAUGCUAAUUCGCUAGUUUUCAGAAAUUAUCCUCCAGUUAAGCGUGUUAAAUACAAUAAAUAUAAUGAAAUUCCUUCUCUUACUUCAAUGAUUGCUCCUCCAGCAAGAUUAUUGAGAAGACAUCAAAUACAAGAUGGAAACAAUGAUUUCCCAGAAGAAGAGGAUCAACUAUUUGCUGAAAACAAUCAAGAAAAUAAUGAAAAUAAUAAUCAUGAAGAAGUUCAAAAUCCUGAGCAACCCAUACAACAAGACGUUCCAAUAGAUGAUGUUCAUCACGAAGAGCAAAAUUUGGAAGAACAAAACCAAAAUCAACAAAAUGAUUUGGAAAAUAACGAGAAUGAAAAUGAAAAUAAUAACAAUAAUAUUAUUAACAAUCCACUUAUUGAAUUAUUUGCAAGAUUAACUGAGAUAAGAAGGAAUAAUCGUGAAAAUAAUGGUAAUGACCCUCUUAUCGACGUAUUACAGGCACUUCAACUUAUGGCUGAUGAUCACAGAGAACUUUUAGGAAAUAUGACUGAAGAAAAUGCUCAAGAACAAGAUGAACACCAAGAAAUUCCGAUUUUUGAUGUUUUAAGAAGAAUAAGAAUGAUAAGAGAUGCAGCAGCUGAUGGAAACCAUGACGAUCUUGCUUUAAAUCAACCACUUUUUCCAAAUCAAAAUAUUCGAAGACAAAAUCCAACAGAAACUGAGCCAACUAAACUGGAAAUGGAAGAUAUUUUCUCUUCUGAUGACGAAGAUGGUAAUAAAAACUCGCCUUCAUCUGAUUCCGAAUAUGAUGAUCCGGAAUUUGUAAAAACGGAUGAAGAAACGAUCAAAAAGCUCACAGAAGACACUGAACAAGAAGAGGAAGAGGAUCAACUUGAGAAAAAUCCACAAACGCAAAAUGGAAGAGUCAGAAGAAUGAAAUUACUACGCCAAGAUUAUGAAAUCCAAAAUCAAGGCGUUUAUGAUAACUGUCUCUUCGAUUUAAAUAAGAAAUAUACAAAUGCUCAACGUCAUGAUCUCACCAGCCUUUUCAGAAUUGGUUUUGAACAGGCUGCAGUUAUUGCAAAAUAUGAGCAAAAUGAUCGUGAUUACGAGAAAACGAAACUGUCCUUAUUAUCUCUAAUUUAA